AUGUCUCUCGUCGCAUUUAUCAUUGGCGCAGGACCCCACAUUGGUGCUGCCGUAGGCACCAUUCUCAAGCAGAAUGGGUACCGCGUCGCGCUUGGUUCCCGAAACCCCAAGACCGACAAGGAGACGGAAGAAGGGUUCUACCCCGUCAAAGUGGAUGCUAGCAGCUCCGAGAGCAUACAAGCUGCGUUCCAGGCUGUCAAUGCAGAGCUUGGUCCUCCUAAUGUCGUCAUUUACAAUGCGGCAUCGUUUGUCCCUCUACCAACCCCCGAAGACCCGCUUUCUCUCCAUCUGGAGUCUUUCCAGAGUUCAACGGCCGUUGGCCUCGGAGUGUUCGCUGCAGCACAACAAGCUAUCACAGGGUUCCGAUCGGGGGUACACAAAGACUCGCCAAAAGCGUUCAUCGUUACAGGCAACCUUUUACCCUUCGUUUCCGCGUUGCCGGCGUAUACUUCUUUGGAUAUCCAGAAAGUGGUAGCGGCGAGGCUUGUUGAGACUUUUGCGACGGCGUAUAAAGACGAUAUUCGCUUUUAUUUUGCUUCUCUUGUCUCGCCCAGCGGCGAGCUACCCAAGGGAGACUUCCCGAAGAGUGCUGAGACGCAUGCCCAGGUGUACUGGGAGCUCAUUAACAGCAGGACUCAAGGGAAUUGGGAUCAUCGGUUCACUUUAGACGGUAAGAAGCUCCCUGGGUAUGAGAGGUCGUAG